CACGUGAUGCGGCUAUAUCCGCUGUAUACUGCAGUCGUGUGAAUUCACACUGACGCCUGCAGUUGUGUGCAGCGGUUCUGUGAAUGAGGCAUGAUGACAUCCAAUAGGAACUUUAAAAUGCCUUUGAAACAGAUGAGCAGCCUGGACAGCUACAUAAUCGACAGCUCUCAAAAGAAGAAAAGCAUACUGUGGCGACAGCGCUCUUUCAGCAGUCCCAAAAAUCUGAACACUGAAGGGAUGAAAGGCAGGACAUUGUCACAGAGUCAGUUGAGCAGAACACACUCAAAUUCACUUGUGGAUUACACUGAUCCUCAGAGAACAAUGGUUAUACUGGAGAAACAAGACAAUGAAGUGUUUGGAUUCGAAGUUCAAACAUAUGGUUUAAAGGUGAAAAACACCAGUAUGGUAGAGAUGUGCACUUUCGUGUGCAGGGUCCAGGAUGGCAGUGCAGCGGAAACUGCAGGUUUGACUGCUGGUGACAUCAUAUUGUCAGUAAAUGGUGUGAGUAUUGAGGGUUCCACACACCAGGACAUCAUUGAGUUGAUUCGAGAAUCCUCUAACACGCUGAAGUUGGAAACCGUCAGUGGGAGUGUCAUGAAGAGAAUUGAAUUAGAGAAAAAGAUGCACUAUCUUAAGCAAACUCUUCGUGAGAAAUGGGUGGAACUGCAAUCUCUCACACUCAAAGAAAAACGUCUUACUCAAGGUAAUCUAAAUGAGAGUGCUCAGUAUCUGUCUGUUGACUCCGUAAUGUCUCUCUCAUCUCCAAUCGGUCGCUCUGGGCAACGCUUUUCCAGUGACAGCAGUUGUCGCAGCAUAAUGACAGAUGACAGCGAGGAUGGUGCCUUCAUGUCAUCAGUAUUUGAUGACUCAAGUCCAUUAAGCCCAAUUGAGUCAAGCGAAAGCUUCUUCCAGCUGGAAGUGGGGGCAUUGCGACCCCUAACAAGAACACGCAGCAUUAGCCUGACCAGCAGUAACAGUUCACUCUCCCCAGGCUGGGAAACUUCACCUUCAUCCAUGUUUGGCACUCUUCCAAGAAGAAGCAGAAGAGGUAGUGUCCGAAAGCACCUUCUGAAGUUCAUACCUGGACUUAAUCAUUCUGUUGAGGAAGAGGAGUGCAGCUGAAAGACUGUCGAUCUGAUUAAUUAAGGACCAUAAGCAGUUGAAGGAUCUCUUCUAUAUUCAUGUUAUACAAGAACUUGACUUUACAUCUUUAAGUCUUGUUGAAAACCAAAAUGGAGUCCCACGUGAGCAUUAUAGACUGGAUAUCAUCAAUCUCUAUGUAAGGUACUUUUUUGUCAGUGGAUCAAAGAAUUUUUUUCAAAGCCUUUUUGAGAUUCAGUACUGAAACAAACAACUGGCAUUAAUUGAACAUUACCAACGUGCAUUCUAAAUGGAAACUGCAUUGAGAAAAUAUUGUGAACAUUAAGAAAAUAAUGUGAACAUUACUUCCACUGCUCUAAUACAGUGGUUAGCACUUGAGACUUGUCUAAAUGUUUCUAUUUCUAGCUUGAUUCUUUGAGUCUUGGAAGCUUCUAAAUGUGUCUAUUUCCAACUUGAUCUUUUAUGUAACUAAUCAAGAUCAUAUGCUGUAGCAUGCAAAUGAGGUGUUGGUUUGUGAUAUUGACAAACGCAUAACAUGUAUGGCUGUAGAGAGCAGUGGCAUGGAACAUUCUUGUACUUUAGCAGUGCUAGGAAACAAUGUAAUGUGUAGGAAAGUUACAUGUUUUCAGGUUGUCUGUGAGAAUACCUGUGUUUCAGUGUCCAAGUGCUAUCAAAUCAACCAGAUUUUACAGGUACUGUAGGUUUAGAUGCAGGCUAGGGUUUCACUGUGAUUUAAAUGUAGUUAAAUGCUAAGAGUAAAUUAAUCUGAUAGUUUAAAUCAUGAAAAAGUACUGAUCUUAGCAGUGUGUGUGAUAUGAAAGUUAAGAGCUGAUGAGUGACAGAGCACCAAACCACAGAAAGUAUAGAAAGGUUCAUAACAGGAUGUGGUCUGAGGUACUACCAACUACUUUUUUUUUGCUUUCUUGAGUGAUGCCUGUAACGGACAGUUUUAUGAAAUGUAAAAACAUAAGUAAAAGUGCUUGGUAUGUCA